UUCCAAGAUGGCCGAAGUCUGCUCAGUGCUCCUUUGAAUUCUACAAGUUCAAAGGACUCAGGAACUGUUACUGAUCAGUCUGCUCACCAAUGCUUGUUUAAGGUUAAGAUUCCAACUGAGCAGGAGCAACUUAUUGAGGAGGCUGAUUCAAGGCAAGAACUAAGUAUGGACUUAGAAGACUUCAAAGAAAAUAAACCCAAGGGUAACCAAGAGGAGGUCUAUGAGAAAAAUAGAAGUAACGUUGAACAAGAUACUAACAUUCACAAGACAGUGAAGGUCAAGAAAGGGUUUAUUCUAAUAGACAUUACCAAAUAUGAGGCAAGGAAACUUCUCCACGAUGCAUUCUACGAUGAUGAAAAUGCCCUUCAAGACCAAUCUUUUAGAAAAAUUUAUGGAAGACCUAAGAAGGACUAUCCAAACGAUCAAGAAACUCUUUUCAAUAUGUUCAGAGAGAAAUUAAAGCCUAUGAUAAGUAAGCGCUACUUUAAGUGUCAUUAAUAACUCUGCUUAGAGGUAUUUGCCAAGAAUAUCAAUAAAAGAGCUGAUCUGUUAAAUACAUGCCUUUUCAGAGGGAACAAGAAAGAAUCAAAUAAUUUUUUAAGUACGAAUGGCAAUAUUACAGAAAGGAAAUCAAUGGUGUUCUCCCAGUUCUUCGGAAGUUGGGUCAGAAACUACACUAGGAACUUAUGCAACCUUCAUAAUAUCAAUUCUCAAGAAGACAAGGAAAGGUUGUUCUUUUAUCAUAUUGUGCUCAGCUAUCCAGAAGAGAAGGUUGAGGUAGUACUCAAUUUCUUCUUUGACAGCCAACCAGAGGAGCUCGAGAUGUAUCAAAGCUUGUUGAGGGAGAGAUCUGUUCAGUCAAAAGUAGGAAUUCAGAAGUAUUACGCUAAAAAUCCUUACUUCAAGAUUGUAUUAGAUGAUUUCACUAAAAAUCUUGAUAACAGAGGGAAAGAACUGGUUCCUAAUGAAGAUGUUAGAGCUAAAAUGAUUGAAGUCUGCCACAAAAUCACAGAGGGGAUUUAAUCAGGAAUACAACAUUUUAGCAUCUAAAGUCCCAUAAAUCAUCAAACUCAAUUGCGAAAUUAU